GCGUGUAGAUAAAAAAUCGUGGUACUACCUUGGCAGUAGAUUGGAGUACCCUGACCGGACGUCAGUACCAUCUCGCAACGUCGCAAGACAGAUUUUCCUACCAAAGGACACAGCUGAUGCACAAACCAAACCGGUGUGUACUACACAGAAAUCUAGGUGUUGUGUUGGUGUGUGUGAGUAAAUAAUCAGAAUCCUCUCCGAGAAUGAGGAAGUGAUGUAAUAAUUAUUCAAUUCGUCUGGUUUGUUUUGGAUUUGGGUACGACCUCUAUGCUUAGAGCAAGUUCCAAGAUUCCGAUUUUGUUUCUAGUAAUUUUGGAAUAAAAAAGGAUUGCGGCAUGUGAACUCCUCUACGUCAUGGAACGGAUUUUUAAGAUCAAAACCAAGACUAGACCGGCACAACACAACCAGUAUCCUUCAGAAAGACGAUACUCGUCAUCCUUGGUCCUUGGCUUAAGCGUAGUUUUUCUCCAUCUGAGUCUAUGCUCGGUGCUCAUGGGAGCUUUGAUCAUUUACAAGACGACGGUCCUGAGAAAUAUACAGGAAGAAAAUAACAGUUCUUUCGAGAGGCUUAACGAAAAAGUGGAGACAGAUUUCAGACACAAUAAUGAUAAAACUUAUUUGCAUUACUACAUAAACGUGCCGGUGUUGGAGUCCGUGGGCUGCUUUCUGAUGGCUUUUGGACAGGUACUGGCUACAGUAAUGGGCGUUUUGGCUUGGAAACGCUGGUACAUCGAUACCAACAUAACAUUUUUCUUCCUCACCUGCAUUUUGUCAACUCUCACUUCCGGCAUAUCUCUACUGAUAUCCUGCCUAACUUCGUUUGUUAUCAAGUUCGACCGAUACGAAGACUAUUCGGAAAGUAGCAAAGACCUGUUUCCCAUAUCGCUUCCGCUACAAGUGAACAUUGUAGUGCUGUCGGUAGGCAGCGCGAUGUGGUCGUUCCUCUCGUCCAAAAUAAGCUACAGCGGAAUGAGGAACAAGUACCCAGAGGAGGCGACGGUGUCCAAAAACGAGAUCAGGGACGUUUGUCAGACGAAACCAACGACACACGUCAGUACUAUUCCUGUGGAGGUGUUCAACACGUUCGCCAUGCUCAACUACAUGCCCAAGAAAGGUUUGGAGGAUCUGCCAGGAGCGGAAAGCGUGGCGGAAUACCAACAGAGGGUCAAUUUCCUAAACUCUUCUGAAAAAUCGAAGGCAAACGAUACCUUGCCACAUGAAGGAAAACACAACCCAGGAUAAUCCGUGUUUCAGUUUUCUUGAGUAAAGUGAAGAACGGCAGUGAUACUUAACAAUCUCUGUACUUUAUUGCUACAGUCGAACUCAUAUUCAAAAUAUAGUAAUCUUGAUACAAUUCCUGAAUAAUUUUUGUAUAAUAAAUAAUAAUAUAUAGAUAUUGACGCGCCUUUUAAAUCUGUUUUACAAAGCAAAACAAUUAAAUAAUUAAACAUAUUUCUGUUUGUUAGCAGGUUUUAGUAAUAUACGUGUAGAUUUAAAAGCAA